ACUGUCUCUUUUUGUCUCAAAAAAAAUGGAGUCUGAGAAUUUGAUGAAUCUAUCUCUUCUCCAACGCAGAAACGUUUCACAAACCCUAGACUUAGAGCUCGUCUCCGCUAUCAACAAAUCCUCAGAUGAUCCUCUCCCAUAUUACACCUCCCUCAAAGACAUCCUCCCUUCCUCUUCUGCCACCGUCGAUUCUCCUGCCGUCUCCUUUGCCGUCACCUCUGCUGCGUCAGGUCAAACCAUAAGGAUCCGCAAUCGCCUUGUGAAGCAAGCCGCUUGUGCUUACCUUCAGCCUUCUACUCCAACUCCAUCCUCCAACCCUUCAUUCCUCCACCGUGUCUCCUCCUCUCUCAUCCGUCUCUUCUCUGCCUUCUUUGAUUCGCUCCUCCGCAUCUUCCCAUCUCCUCGAAAAAUCUUUAGAGCUUAGUGAUUGAAAUAGAACAGAGAGAAUUAUAAUCAAUUCUUGCAUAAUAAUCUUUGUUUUUUUUUUUUAUUAUGAUUCAAUAUAUUUUUUUCUAUCAUCUUAAAAUAAAUCGUGAAGGUUUUUGAGGUUCACGGUUACCUAAGACGCCUUAACUUGGGCCCUGGAAGUGGCGCGAGACAAUUCGCCCGUUCGGUUUUUCUCAAGAAGAAUGAUGUCAAGAGUCAAAACUUGUCAAACGGUAAAUAAAGGAAGGCGCCGCUGAUGUAUUUGUUACGUGUAACAUUUGUUUGUUUGUAAUCAAAAGUUAAGAAAAACAUGUUACGUAAUUUAAGGAC